AUGUCGUCGUGGAUAAAAGCAUCAAAAGUUAAUCAGAAAACGCACAGGGAACGCCACCAGCCUGAUGUUCGUCAAAAAUAUGGGUUGCUCGAGAAGAAAAAAGAUUACAAAGUCCGUGCUAGACACCACCAAGAACGCGAACGUGUAAUGAAAUUAUUGAAGAAACGAGCACAAAACCGCAAUCCAGAUGAAUUUUAUUUCCAUAUGACAAAUUCCAAAGUCGAGGACGGACGUCAUACAGAAAUACGAGAAGAAGAUGAACAUACUGAAGAUCAAAUUAAGCUAAUGCAAACUAGGGAUUUGAAAUACAUCAAUAUGCGUGCAACUAUGGAAAGGAAAAAAAUUGAGCGUUUACAAUCCCAACUACAUUUCUUAGAUCAAGCUAAUCAAACAAAUAACAGCCAUAUAUAUUUCAAUGAUGGUGACCAGUGUCUUGGAAAUUUACCUGAAAAUAUCGAUACACAUCCAGAUCUUAUCAAAAGGAAAACUAAUCGUAUGAGAAUGUCAGAUUUGGAAAAAAUUGAACUGCCAGAUUUAGAUGAAGAGACUAUUAAGCAAAUGAUAUCCGAAAAGAGAAAAUCAUAUAGAGAACUAGAACGAAGAACUAAGAGGGAAAAAGAAUUAUCUGUUGUACAGAGGAAACUAGAAAUUAAAUCUCAUUUGCUUGGUUCUAAGCAAGAACAGCCAAAGAAGAUCAAACCCGCAACAAAAGAUGCAGCCCCAAUUUAUAAAUGGAAAUACGAAAGAAAAAAGUAA